UGCACGUUGAACACGGAACGCAAGAUAUCAGGAGAAUCGCACGGAGAAAAACCAAAGAUCGCUCCGCUAUAGGAUCUUUGGAGAAAACCGCGGAUGCUGGUUUACAAUACAACAACAAAAAACCCCUACAAAGUGCUGGAGUAACUCAGGGGGGGAACAGCGCUACGUAACCCGCGGGGACGUUGCCCUGGCGACCGGAGUCUGAGGCUGCUGAGGACAGCCGAAGGCCCAAGUCUCAGCCCCGCCCGGGUGUCGGAUCGCUGCUCCUCCUGGAUCCUUGGGGCUGAGCUACCGGGGAGCCGUCAGCGACCGGCGUCUCCCGGCGAUGAGCCGUCGUGGUCGGUGAUCACUCUACUGAAGGCCGGCCUGGGAUCGGGGACAUUCGCAGCACAUGUGUCCGACUGUAGACAGCGUGGGUCGCCUCCGGCCAACUGUACCAUCGCCGCAGAUAAUGAUCCUUAUCAAUCCAAAACCCCAGUCGUAGUUAUCCAGGAACAAGUUAAAAGUAACUUAAUUUGGAGCUGUGCUCUAAUUUCAUCGACCCGACAAAACACCGUACAUAUAUAUCUAUAUAUCAAUCUCAAUUUGGAGGAUGUUUUCAACACCUUACAGUACCCAUGUUGGCCAUGGAGAAUAUGCUGACAUAUAUGAUCCAGCAGAGGACACCUUCCUAUUAAUGGAUGCCUUAGAAAAAGAUGUGAAAGAAAUACAGAAGCUCUGUCCCGGUAUUUGCCUUGAAGUUGGAACAGGAUCUGGUGUUGUUUCUGUGUUCCUAGCUUCCAUGGUUGGACCUACCUCAUUAUAUCUCUGUACAGAUAUUAACUCCUUGGCUGCUGCUUGCACGUUGGAAAGUGCCAGGCAAAAUGGGGUGAACAUCCAGCCAAUCAUUACUGACCUGGUCACAGGAUUAUUGCCACGACUGCAAAAUCAAGUAGAUGUGUUGAUAUUUAACCCACCUUAUGUUGUAACUCCCUCAGAAGAAGUUGGUAGUCAUGGUAUAGAGGCAUCUUGGGCUGGUGGUGAAAGAGGUCGUGAAGUAAUGGAUAGGUUUUUUCCUCAAGUCUCAAGCCUCUUGUCCAGUCAAGGAAUAUUUUAUUUAGUUACAGUUCAGGAGAAUGAUCCAGAGGAAAUAAUAGAGUCGUUGAACAAUUUUAAUUUGAAAGGGACUGUGUUUAUUUCAAGGCAAGCUGGGCGAGAAUGUCUAUCUGUGCUCAAAUUUUGGAAAGCCUGAUUGUUGAGUUCUGGUUUUCCCCGUUCAUCAAAAGCUCAAGAAACCAUUCACCGAGGCUGCAAAGGAAUGGACUAUUGCUUUCAUUAUGGCUGCCCAGGGAAAUCUGAGCAAUAGCUUCAGAGCGCUGUAGUCCAAUUAAAAUACAGCUGAACAUCGAGAACAAUUUCCAUGGAAAACUGGAGAUGGUUCAUUACUAUGACUGGAUACUUAAAACUGCUCCUCAGAAGACUUGAAAUAUAGAGGCAAUUUUGAAUGCAAGUUUUGAAGGUCAAUGAUUUCAUAUUAUACUUAAAAUUGCUUGAGGCAAAUCAAAAGAAAGUGUAUAUUGGUAACUUGCACGGUGCCUGAAUAAAUCAGUUAUUAUAACAUG